AUGAUAAAAGAAGUUGAUAAGUUUAUUGCUAAACAAGUGUCGUUAACGAAAGGUUCAGCAGCUACAGACCAAUGGUCUAAACCUGGUGCUGCUGUCUACAUGUCCUUCUACAUGUUUAACUUAACUAACAAAGAUGAGUUUUUAAAUGGAGAGAAAGCUACUAUUGAAGAAAUAGGGCCAUUUGUAUACAAUGAGUCAAAGACGAAGUAUAAUUUGAGAUGGAACAGUGAUGAGACCAUUUUAGAAUAUUUUGAAAAUACCUCAUAUAUUUUUAACAAAGAGAAAUCAAAUGGACUUGAUCCAAGUCAUGUUAACAUUACCACUAUUAACCUGCCACUUAUUGGAUUUCUCCUCCAGUUUGAAAAACUAAUAAAAAUGUCUGCCACUUUUCCACCUCCAAUCAAUACUAUUGUUAAAGAUCUAAUUGAAACUAUAAUAACUGAAUUGAGCAAGGACUUUAACGAGAAACUAAUAAUGACACGACCAGUCAGUGAGAUACUCUGGGGCUAUGAAGAUCCUUUUCUGAAAUUUGUGGCUGAUUUGUUAGCAAAUGUGACAUUUCUUGAUUUAACUAAGGACCUCAACGGUGGAUUCUUCCAGUUAGAGCACCAGACUGAUACAGCUGGUCCUAAUAUGGUCUACACUGGUAAAGGAUCACCCCAGACUACAGCACAGUAUCUCAUGUAUGACGGUAAAACCAGUAUAACCGGUUGGGGCACUCCUUAUGCCCAGAUGAUCAAUGGUACUGAAGCACUCCUGUUCCAUCCUGGAGUAUCAAGAACUGAUGUGUUGGAUGUGUAUGUUGAUGAACUCUUCAGAUCUGGCUACUUUACCUAUUAUAAAGACAUCACUGAAUUUGAUAUAAAGAUGUAUCAGUUCAGACUACCACAGACUGAGCUACAGAAAGCUUAUCAGGAUAAAGGAUUCUACAUGAACGGGCCUGAUGGUGUACUUAAUCUCACUGCUGUGUUCCCCCUAAAUGUCCCAAUAUUUGUUAGUAAGCCUCACUUCCUUGAUGCUGAUGAAUAUUAUACUAAUGAUAUUAAUGGUCCCCCUAGCAACAGGGACAAACAUGAUUCAUUCCUUAACGUUGAACCAAUAACUGGUGCUGUGUUGCAUGCUGCCAAAAGGUUACAAAUUAACAUCCAACUCAAACAAUACGAAGACAUACCUGAUUUAUCUCAUUUGCCAAUCAAUACAACCUACCUGCCUUUACUGUGGGUUGAAGAGACUGGGUCUCUUAAUGAGUCAAUAGCCAGUACAUUUAGAGAUACUGUGUAUAAACCAAUCAACACAAUACAAAUAUCUGCAAUAACGGUAGCAUCUGUAUCAGGUCAGUAUACUAAUAAUAUACUGCUAGCAUACUAAUAAUAUACUGUCAGUAUACUAAUAAUAUACAACUGCUAAUAAUUGGGUUUCAUUGCAUUGUAGGGUCAUUGACAUU